AUGAAGCGUGUAAACGUCAAGGUUGGGAAGCAAAUCGCGGUAGGCACGUAUGCCUUCCCGUUAUCUCCCUUGGAAAAGAAACGCUAUGGAUCGAUGACCCAUCGAUGGACCUGUUUACUACGGUCUCCUACAAACGAGAACAUGACUCACUAUAUUAAGAAGGUCCAGUUCGAUCUAGAUCCAUCCUUUAUCAACCCGCGUCGAGGUAAUUCUUAUCAAAUGCCGUUCAAUAAUGAUGCAGUGUUGACCACGAUGCCAUACGAAGUGACAGAAGUCGGUUGGGGUGAAUUUUACAUUGGUGUUAAAAUUUACUUCGUGGACGAGUCGAUUGAACCGGUGCAACUGCAGCACCUCUUAGUGUUGAACCCUUCGGAUAGCAGUGUGUCGAACCCUACCACUGCCACGAACGAGACGUUUGACGAGAUUAUCUUCAACGAACCCUCUUCGUGGUUCUACAAACAGCUUUUGUGCAGCGCAACAGACAUUCUACCACCACACAAGUAUCAAGAAUACUUUUGGGACCACACCAUCCGCGAUAAGGAAACAACGUGCCGAUACAUAUGCUGUCAGUCUUAUUUCCAGAAUGAGACAUAUCGGUUAUUGGCGGAAGCAUCGGAAUUAUCACGCCAGAUCCAGUACUUGCAAGAAAAAGCUAGUGGCGCGAAGAACCCUCUAACUACACCUGAGAAUACCGCAAACAAAAUGCCAAGCGCAACUCCAAAGAUUGCCUGCGCCACACCUACCAACCAAGCAGCCGAUGCACCGAUAAAGACCGAAGCAGCGGAUGCCGUACCGGCUGACCAAGCUGUGUCGCCAACUACAUUUGGUCAGGAUGUAAAGGCAGUCUCUGUUUCCCCAGUCGCUACGACAGAUUCUUCAACCGCCCCCGCUCAGGCAGAAGAUAAGGAAUUUGUUGACUGCGUCGAAACGAGUUAG